GUAACGUCCACAGUGUUUAUGAAGUCAGUGUUGAAAUAAGUGCCACGAACGAAACGAAUUAUACCAGUGAGCAGUUCAUAUACGAGAUAUUUACUUUUGGGAUUCACAAUGAAGGUCUUUACAGCCAUCAUACCGCUGUUGCUGUCAGUUGGAACAAUCGCCAAUCCUACUUUUCGAUACGAAGAUGGUAUCGUAGACUCGAGAUGUCCAUUGAAUGAAAAUCCAAUGAAUCCUGUUCAUCUACCACACGCCAGAGAUUGUGGAAAGUUCCUGAAAUGUUUCAGAGGUCGCGCUUUCACAAUUAAUUGUCCUCCGGGUCAGGAAUUUGGGCCACAAAUUCAACGCUGUGAUUAUCCAGCAUAUGCUCAGUGCCGCUCAGUUUUGGCUUUACCAGAUCCGGCUGAAUUCAAAUUUGAAGAUGGAGUAAGUGACGCAAAAUGCGCUCGUAAUGAUGAUCCCAUGCACCCACUUCAUCUGCCACAUCCGACGAGCUGCCAAAAGUUUAUGAAGUGUUUCAGCGGAAUGAGAUUUGAAUUGGAUUGUCCACCUGGACAACAUUGGGCUGCCCAUCUCAAUCGUUGUGAUUUCCCAUCAAUUGCGAAAUGUGUCAUUAAUGCAAAACCAUUCCAGGCUGAUCAUAUUAAUGAAACAGAGGACACUGAAAGUGUAAAUGAAAGUUCAGAAAAUACAGAUGUUGAAUUGGAAGAAGCAGUCGAAACGGCAAUAAACGACCAACCACUUGCCCGACCAGCUAUCGCUGUUCCGAUGAAGGCUGAAUUUGUUUAUAAUGCAGGAGUUCCUGACAUCCGUUGCCCACGGACAGAUGAUCCUUUCCGCCCGAUCCACUUGCCUCAUGCUACCGAUUGCGGAAGAUUCCAGAAAUGCUUUGACGGUAGAGCGUACAUUUUGAACUGCCCACCUGGUCAAGAAUUCGGACCAAAGCUAAACCGCUGUGACUAUCCACAAUACGCGCAAUGCUCACUACCUAAACGUAAAAAUAUGUCUAAAUUGCUUAGUAAAGCAGUGAAAUAUGACGAUUAUUACGAUUACUAUAGCGAUGAAGAAUAUCUAUUGCAAUCGUCUGAAUGGACAGACGAACAACGAGAGAUGAUCGCCGGUGUUACUGAUAGCCGUUGCACGAUAACUGAUGAUAACGAACAUCCUAUGCACCUAACCCACAAAAAGGACUGCGGAAAAUUCUACAAGUGCUAUGAUGGCCGUGCUUAUCUCAUCCAGUGUCCUGCGGGACAGCACUGGAGUGUGCGAUUUGAUCGGUGUGACUAUCCAAAGGUGGCCAAAUGCACAAUUCGUCCGUAGAGUGGAAACCAGCUUGGGUGAUUAGUGGUUUGCAUUGACGGCGUAGACUUAAUGGUACGGUGUUUGUAUUUAUUUGCAGUAAUUAGUAAUAAAACGGAAGGGCAUCGCAAACAGCUUUAUUUUUUAUCCAUCAAUUCAUUUGAAUAAAUUAUAGUCCUGUCAUAAA